AGCAAGUCGCCUACAAAAUGUACAUUAAAAAUAUUCCAAUCUUUUCCAAUAUUAUCUUAUUAGUCUCAUUAUUCUACAGGAUCAAGGGCGACUUUGGCGUUAUUAAAGAACAAAGCCAAAUUGCAUCAAGACCUCAGCUCGAAAACAAUUUUAACAGAACUCCGAGUGAGGCCGCAAUUACAACCGCUAUUACAGAGGACGAUGAAAAAUUUGACGAUAAUGAACUCAAGAAACUUUUUGUGCAAAAUUUUAAAUCAUAUGAAAAUUUGGAGAAGGAAAGAAACGGGAAUGGCACCCACGGGACUGUGCGAAAUACAAGGGACGUAGCGAAUAAUACUUCUAAGCUCGGGAUAGAAUGCCUCUCGUGCUUUGCAAAUGGGACCUCGUCGGCUGAUACUAACUGUUACAAGGGGGUAUCUUCAACAGUUAAGUGUUCAGAUGCUGAACAAUGUUUCGUUGAACUCCAUCCCCAAUAUUUACGCCGUGGUUGUAUCUUACCAACGCGGGUCAAUAGGACAUAUUACUGCAAAUGCCCGCUGUGUAACGACAAGCCAUCUUACGAUGUCAGUUACUACAAUUACAAUUCGAUCAACGACUGGACUUUUGACAACUUCUUAUUGCAAAAACCAUUGGCCGGCUUAGAUCUUAUGUGCAAAGUUUGCGAUACAUCUGGAACUAAUCAAGUUUAUGAUAAGAAUUGCAGACAAGGGAGAGGUGCCGAUUAUAUGGUUUGCGGCCAUAAUCAAUUAUGUUACAUUAAUAUUGAUGACGAAGUCGACCAUGUAUCCAGAGGCUGCAAGUCAAAGCCAGUUUAUAAUACGAUGUAUUUUUUCUGCAACCGAAGUGGAUGCAAUAACGCUGAGCACUUGAAUCCGAAAUUGGCAUUUAGAGCACUGCCAACAUUGAUGAAUGAGAAAAAAAUUAAACGCGCUAGAAGUGGCGUGGGAAAAAUCCACCUUCAUGGGCAUAAUUAUUUCAUCUGGAUAUGCAUACUUUUUAUUUCAAAAUAUUAACUCGUUCUGUAAUCUAUGAAUUCUGACAGAAAAUUUAUGACGUUUGACAUGUUUACAUGAUGUCUGAUUUGCAAAUGUAACAAAAUACAAAAAUGCGAGCUGAAUAUUUAUUUUACUUGAUCUCCAUUUACGCACAAGUUUCUUGUGAAGAUACCGGAAUCGUCAAAAGUAAGAAUCCUUUGCCUUAUUUUAGAAGACAAGUAGAAGAACUUACUGAAGAUAGUACAAUAGAAACUACUUUGUCUGACGAUUUGAAAAACAACAUAGUUUCAUUUCUUAUCAAAAAUGCUAAAAAAAUCUACAAUGAGCUCGAUGAAGUCAGUAACUUCCCAUCUCCUUCAGUAUGUACUUCAACUAAAGAGUAUACUUUCAUUGGUACAACAUCUAAUAAGCCCAGUGACUUCUAUCAUGAUAAUGAUAUUGAUUCAAAUUCUACACCAACUUCCGAUACUACUAAUACACCAACCGAUAUUACUGCAAUAUCAAAACCUAGUAGACCAUAUUCAAAUGUAACAUCAAAUGUCUCUGAUAAAGAUAUUAUGGAAUUGUCAACAACCGCAUAUGAUUUAACUGAAAAGGAAGAAUUAAUGCAUCUCUCAAAAAAUUUAAUAUCUUAUGAAACAGAUCGAAAGGAACGAGACAAUGAAAUACAAACUUUGCUCCAUUAUGGAAAUGGGUCCCUGACUGACAAUGAUCGCAUACCCGAUCAUUUGAGAUCGUGUAUCAUAUGCAAUAAUGUUGUGAUGGAGGAGUGUAAUAAUCCAACGAAACGACUAAUCCCAGCGACGGUCUGCCAACGUGACGACGAUUUGUGCUAUUCAAUGCACACUCCGUUCGGAGUGAUAGAUCGUGGAUGCUACAACGCAAAUCACAACCUCACCACCUACGUAUGCGCGUGCAAUCUAUGCAACUACAUAUCAAUUUCUGAAAUGCCGUACAUAUUUUCCAAGAAGCGGGAAUGGGUCGAUAAUGUGGUUGAACUCUCACGUACAAGGCACUUUAGAAAAUCUGUGUUUAAGGAUAUGUCUUGCUUGAAAUGCGAGUCGAAUGCGACGGCUAAGACGGGAGAUAUGCUUGAUACUGCUAACUGCUUAGAAGGAAAUAUUGGUUCUCUACCUAUUGAAGAAUGUAAAGAAGACGAAAUAUGCGGUGUUAAGGCAAUCAGAAACGAUGGUUACAUGUGGCGAGGAUGCGUUAAAUACCCCCUUUUCAACUACUGGUGGGCUCUCUGCGAUACUGAUCUUUGUAAUUACGAUACAAUAACCUCCAUUUACGAUUUGGAUUAGAAUUUAUUUAGUCUCUUUUAAUAAUUUUUAUUUUAUUACAUUUUAUUUUCUUUUA